CACACAGUACCAGGCCUCGACCCCCCAACACCACCACCAGACACACACACACAGUAAUCUCCUCCACCAAGAGAUGGCUCUAGUAUCGCUCUCAAAAGGAAAACAAAAAUGGCUACGCUGAGCUCCCUCCAAGACAGACUGCAGGGGCUGGGGACGAGGCUCAAGGCUGAGAAUGAGGCUCAGUCCCGGGAUAGGAUGAACACCAACCUAAAUCUGGACUUCACGAGGGAUAGACCAGGCUCGGAGAGGCGACCCAGACCCCUUCCAAUAGGAGAAUCCAGAUUGACAGAACGACCCAACACCAUCUCAGGACGGCAGAGAGAAAGACCAAAAAUAGAAUUGCCUUUAUUUUUUGAACCUCGUCAACAACAACCAGACCUUCCAGAAUUAGAUGCACAUGUAAAGGAAAUCACUAGAAAAAAUGGUAACCUAAUUAUAGAGAGCAAGAAAUAUAAAAGUUCCAUAGAAGAUAUGGAAUACAUAUCAGAAUUAGGCAAUGGUACCUCUGGCAAUGUUGUCAAAAUGCUUCACAAAUCUUCCAAAAAAGUUAUUGCUGUUAAGCAAAUGCGGCGCUCGGGCAACAUGGAGGAGACUAAACGCGUUUUCUUUGACCUUGAGGUUGUAUUAAAAUCACACGAUUGUCCAUAUAUCGUACAGUGUUUAGGGUGCUUCAUCACAGACUCGGAUGUGUGGAUCUGUAUGGAGCUGAUGGCCACUUGCCUUGACAAGCUCACCAAACGAUACAAACAGCCGAUACCUGAACCUAUCCUGGGGAAAAUUUCUGUGGCUACUUUAAAAGCUCUUCAUUACCUAAAGGAGUCUCAUGGUGUAAUUCACCGUGAUGUGAAGCCUUCCAACAUUCUUCUUGAUGAACGUGGAAACAUUAAACUGUGUGACUUCGGGAUCUCAGGGAGACUAGUCGAUUCUAAGGCCAAGACUCGGAGUGCUGGCUGUGCUGCAUAUAUGGCGCCGGAAAGGAUAGACCCGCCUGACCCUACGAAGCCAGAUUACGACAUCCGUGCAGAUGUUUGGAGUUUGGGCAUCACACUGGUUGAACUUGCAACUGGCCAGUUUCCAUACAAAGACUGUCGUAAUGACUUUGAGGUACUGACCAAAGUUCUCCAGGAUGACCCGCCCUCUCUGCCAAAAGAUGGUACUUUCAGCCCCGAAUUCUGUGAAUUUGUAAAUGAUUGCCUUAUUAAAGAGUAUCGCCACCGCCCAAAGUACAAGAAACUUCUCGACUAUCCCUUUAUUAAGAAGUACGAACAGAAAAAGGUGGAUGUCUCAGCAUGGUUUGCAGAGGUAUGCCGCUUGAUGGAUGCUAAGGCUCGCAACUCUCCACAAAGAGUAAGUAUGUUUUCCUCCCCUCUACUACCCCGAGCCUCACGGUCCAGCAGCAGACCACCAAGUGCUCCCAGUAGUACUGGAGGAGGAGGAGGAGGAGGAGGAGGGGGGGGAGGUGGAGGUGGUGGUGGUGGUGUUAGUGGUGGUGUGAGUAGUGGGAAUGAUUGUGGACCUCCGCCUCCUCCUGUGGCACCAAGAAGACGGAGCCGUACUCCUGAAGCUCAUAGCCAUGAUCGUGUCAGCCAACCAUCACCUCAACAGUUACAUCAUCAGCAACAACAAAAACAAAAUCAACAGCAACAGCAGCAGCAACAGCAACAACAACAACAACAACAACAACAACAGGAGCAGCAGUCACAACAGACACAACUAAAUCAACAUCAAAAUGGUGGUGGUGUUAGUAGUCCUAGCAGAAACUCUGGCGGCAACGGCUGCAGCAAUGGUGGCACUGGUGUGGUUAGUCGGUCCCAGCUUCCAGCCUCUCCCAAUCUGACCCGCGCCGUAUCUGCUUCGCCAUCUCGUUCUGGGCCCCCUUUGUCCCCUGCUCCCUCCAGGGCAUACUCAGCCUCACCCUUGCAAAGAUCUGUUCCCCCUUCUGCUGUUCCUCCCCAUUCAUACCCUGGAGUAAAUCACAUGGGGCCUUUUCCCCAACCCCCUUCAGCCCAACAUCAGUAUGGUGUCCCUUUAAAUACACAAACUUUUUAUCCAUUUAAUUAUUCUCCUAGGCCUUAUACACAUGUUUAUAACCAGUAUUCAAAUCCCUAUAGCCAGGUGUUACCUCCUCGUUCAAGUCAUGGUAAUUUUUAUAAUAACGUGUCAGGAAGUGGUAGAGACAGUCGAGAUAGCAACAGUAGUAGUAGCAGUAGUCAUCAUUCAUCGAGCUCAGGAAGCACCAGUACAACAAAUAUGUCCGGAGGUGGGGUGGGCACGAGCGGGUCCGUGCGGGAGAUGGCCAGCAGCUGGCCUACACCCAGUCACAUGGCCAACCUUAGUACGGGCCAACGAGAGGCCUGGGGAAGCUGUGGCAGUAGUCAAGGGGGGGCGACGGCUACCACUACCUCGGUCACUCACACACCCACCAUGCACAGGAAAACUCCAGAGCCAGUAAGGUUCAACCCCGAGCCGUGGGCCCCUCGUGGCCGCUUUGCUCAGCCCGCCCACUCGCACCACUUCCGCUCGCACUCCACUGACCUCUCGACCCGAGGCCUGCCCAGCAGCCGCUACCCUCCCACUUACCUGCCCCCCCAUGUGUCCCCCCUCGUCUCUCGAAGGAUCGUGGAGCAGAACAAAUCAGUAGUAAACAACAGCAGCAGCAGCAGUUGCAGCAGCAACAGCAGCAGCAGCAGCAGCAGCAACAGCAGCAACAGCAGUCAGCAGGGCCAACCAGGAGCACUACCCACCUCUAGUAGCAAUCUGCCUCCUCCCUCCGUUAGUCUCACUACCCCUCACUACAGGUACACUCAGGAAGCCUUCUACAACAGUCGACCCUACUACACUCCAGAACCACAGCGUAGAAUACUCCCCCGCCUGGGCAACCCCUGACCCCUAAGAACAUGCUCCAAAGAGGCAUAUAAAGCCUGCGAGCCUCACCUUCUCAGCAGCCACAAGCGCACAGGAUAGGAGGAGCCUCUGGACCAGGCUCUGUCUACUUUGGAAGAGUGACCACCAUCAGCUAGUCAUAGCAUGGAUCAACACCUUCCUCAUCUCGUGUCUCCUACACCUUACCAAUGCCAUCAACUAAAUAACAUUUGCACAUGUCCUUGACUUGGUCCUGACUAACCAGCAAUAAUAUUUUGAGUUGUCAUAAAAUUUAAAGGAUUUUUGUGUUCUCAGGAGUGGCACUUCUAUUUUUCAUUCGCUUUUUUUUAACAUUAUGUGCCAUUGUUGAUGAAAUUCAUUACUCUACUGAAAUUUUAGAUACAUAUUGAAAUGUAUUUUGAAUAAAGUCUCAGUUUUGUAAUAUAUUUUAAAGUUACAGUUUGUCAUAGUUGUUGACUAUGAAUUAAUGAUAAGUUUGCUGGGUGGUCAUUAGGUCCUCUUCUGUUACUACAAGACUGCAACAAUAAUCAUGUUUAUAUGAAUCAAACAAGUUUUUGACCUCAGGGGAAAUCAUCGGAUAUAUUAAUACUGUUGUUUGUAUUAUUGUCUGGUGUGAUUAAUGCCUGAAGCAGAACAUUUAUAUGUUGAGAAGCCCUCAGUCAAAGAAAAACCAACUGGGUGAUUGCUACAGGUAUGUCUGUCUGCAACUUCAUCAUAGGCAAUUGUGUUGCCAAGUGUACUGAAGGAAGUGUAGCAUGACUCAGAAGUGCAAUGCUUUAUUCAUUUUGGCAUUGAAGGAGAUGCAGAAAGUUUACAAAAAUAGGUUGUCAUGAAAUGCAGUCUUUUUUUUUUUUUCCAUAGAAAUUAAAGUAAAAAUUAUUGUAAAAGAUUGUGCUGUAAGAAUGGAGCCAGAAGGUCACUCAAGCUAUCAGUCAUAGUAAUGUAAAGGUGAAAUAUUAAGUAGGAGUCAGGUGGUGCUUUAUGGAGUCCCACUUAAUAAGUUAUACUACAAGCAGAUAUCAACAAUUUUAACUUGGAUUGAAACAGGCAGCCAAAUGAUGAAUUAACAUCUUAGGUGCAAGUUAAUUCAGUGAAGAUUUAAAUAUUUUACAUUUAUUUCUACAUGCUCUUGGAAGUCUAACCCCCUCCCCCCCACACACAUGUGCAUUCUCACUCUUGCUCUCUCCCUCCACUCUAUGGCCCUCCUUUCUUCCUCUUCCUCCCACUUCUUUCUUCCCCCUUUCUUUUUCCAUUCCUCCUUUUCCCUCUCUCUCACACUUCCUCCCUUUCUUCCUUCAUCUCUUUAUCUCUUUCACCAUCUACUCCACUCAUACCCACCUACCCACUCAGGCACAUGCAAACACAAAAGUUCACAUAUAUACACAUGCAUAUGCACAGAGCAUUUACAGGCACACACAUGAGCACAUGCAUGCAUGUAUGCAUGGAUGGCUAUCAGCUCUUAACACAUUCGGUGCGAGUCUCUUCCAUUUCACCCUAAUCAGUCUUAUUUUCAUUGGCAAAAAUUGUAGCCCACAGAUGUGCCUUUGGUGAAGAAUGUCCUCAAGUUGGAACUUUGGCCAAAUGUAACGAUAGUUUUGGUCGGCUACUCUCACUCCCAUUACGUAUUAUAAUCUCGUGUAAUUUGCCAUGCCAGUCUCCUUCAUGGUCAUUCUCAAAAGCUGGCAGGCCUUCAGAAAAAUAUGCUUACAUACUCGAAUACAAGUGUGUGUAAUUACCUGUUUGUAACUGAAGAAGUAGAGCUAUGCUUCUGAUAUUUGUGUGUAUGCGUGUGUGUACCUAGUUGAGUUCGUGGGUGUUGAGCUCAAGCUCUUGGACCCACCUUUAACUUUUGGUCAGCUUCAGUGAUUAAGCUCUGUGGUGUUUCACGAAACUGUAUAGACUCAGCUUGCACCUGGUGUGUGUGUUUCAGCAGUGGUUGAGCCUUGAUAAGAAGUGUCAAGUAAGAUAACCUACACCUUUGUAAGGAAAUUAGGUAUUGAAAAUUUCUUGGGAUAGGGAAGUCUAUUUCACCAAGCACAUAAAUGGAAAAUAUCAGUUACAGCAAAAACAGUAUAAGAAAUUACAUAAAUUUAAUUUAGUUAGAUUUGCUAAAUAGCUGAAACAAGAAAAUUACAUUUUUAAGACUCGGAUUGCCAUGAGUGAUGCCUAGUUGCUGAAUUUGACUUCACUAUAACUAGUCUGUAAACUAUCAGAAGAUUUGUAAGAAAGUAGCUCCAAUGAGUGCCAGAUAAUUUGGAGGACAAGUAUCACACAGUUCAUUUGAAUCUCUGAUAUUUAACAGAAACUAUGGAAGCUGAUUAUAUUUUUGAAAUGACUUUCUCAAAUGAUAAAUGUGUGAAGGAACCUCAGUACCCCUUCUGGAGAGAACACAACCCUCCCUCACUCUGCAUGCAAGCCAUCUACACUACCACAGUGUCAUUUUCACAUGCUCUUGCUCUCUCUUCAUGCUCUCUCCCUCUUGCUUACUUGUGCACCUUGCUCUUUUUAUUGCUCUCUUGCAUGCAGAUUGAACCUGAGUAUUAUAUUACUAGCAUGAUCCAUACUGACAGAUGUAUACAAGUCCACUGAACAUACUGUAUAUUUUUCAUGAAUCAAAAUCACUUAGGAAGAGCUUCAACCUAUGGCUCUAUUUCCUUAAGAGUUUGUGUUUAACAUAAUUUUUCCUAGCUCCUUUUUGUACAAAAAAUCUUUUAUACAUAUUAUGUUCAUAUGAAGAUAACUUUUAAUUAUGAAGUAUUUAUGUGAAAAUUUUGUGGAUUACAUAUUUAUUUUUUAA